AAUUUAUAUUCAGAUUUUGAUGUUUUAUUUAAGAUUGCACUUUUUUUUUUACUACUUAAGUUCUGUUAACAGUCUAGGAGUUUUAUAUAAUUGCUUUGAAUAACCUCACUGUCUUGAUGAAGUAAUGAGUAUUAUAUCUGUUUUUGUUGUGGAAUUUAUUUAUUAAAGAAUAUAUAUAUAUAUAUGUACAUAUAUAUAUAUAAUUUUGAUAAUAUUCAGAAAGCAGAGGCAACUUUAAAUGUAACAACCCUGCAGUUACUUUUGUUAAACAUUAAUAAUUGGCUCUGAAAAAUCCAACUUACCAAAGUCCUUCUAGUACCUAGUGAUCAUGUGUAUUUUUUUGGUAGAGUAAUAGUAGAUAUUGGGAAUUUGGCUUCUAAAAUGAGUUUUAUAUCAUGACAAAUUUCAAGGACUUUAUUGUAGAAUUGGUAGUUCUUCAUAUAUAAUCAUACUUUUUUCUCUUACAAGCAAGUAAAGAAAUACACAUUGUUUUCUAACUUCACUGUCUGGGAUGCAAUGAUUUUUUUUCCCCCCAGCGGCUUUUGUUUCUGGCUAAUAAGAUGUCCUUUUACAGUUUCCUAAUAAGCAGUUUGUUCUUUGUGUCUCAUUGUUUUAUCCACAGUCCAUGAAAUACAUAAUUUCUUGUUCCUUGUUGUACCUGUGAAUGCAGUACUCCGGGCACAUAUUUACUCUUAACUGUGUCCUUGUCACGUGUUGAAGCCACACUGUUGAAACUGUUUGAGAGCUAGGCUUGGCUUGCUUUGGUUCGGGUUGGUUUGGUUUGGUUUGGUUUCUUUUGUUUAUUUUCUUUCUUCUUCUUCUUCUUCUUCUUCUUCUUCUUCUUCUUCUUCUUCUCUCUCUCUCUCUCUCUCUCUCUCUCUCUCUCUCUCUCUCUAUCUCUCUCUCUAUCACGGUUUUGGUUAUUUGAGACAGAGUUUCUGUGCAUAACUCUGAAUGUUCUGGAACUCACUCUGUAGACCAGGCUGGCCUGGAACUCAGAAAUCUGCCUGCCUCUGCCUCCCGAGUGCUGGAUUAAAGGCGUGCGCCACCACUGCCCAGUGUGUAUUUUCUUCAUGCAGUGCAUUUCAAGACAGUUACCGUGUUGAGACAAAAAGAUCUACAUAUGUGUGACUCGAUUCUGUCCCCAAAAGAGCUUCACCUGAUUUCAGGACAAUAGGAAGCCUGGAGAAGAGCAUCAGUGAAGCCAAGGGUUGUACUGAGCAUCUUUUGAGUCAUUAAGAAGCAUAGAAAGGAGAGAGCAGUAAUUCUGAUAUAUUUCUGGGCUUUAAGACAUAAAAGUUUAUGCAUAACAUCAUUAGACUAUCAGAAAUCUACAUUUCAUAUUUCAACCUCAUAAUUAUUUCUAUAGUGUCUGUGCUGGGAUUAAAUUCUGUUUUGAUUUUUUCAGCUUCCUUCUUCAGAACACAAUGUGUCUCCACUCUCUUCUUAAACACUUUUUUACUUGUAUAUAGACAUAAUUUAAUACUACAACUUGCCUUAGCUGAGAAAAAGAAAAAUUAAGCUUUUUUUCUAACAGAUUUUAUAAUAUUUUAGGACAUCACAAUAAUUUUCUAAUAUUUUCUUCUGGAGGAGAACUAUCAGAAUGUUUAGAAAUUGUUAGAUAUUUAAAUUUUUGUGUUCUACCUACCAUAAGCAUGGUUCUGGUUUAUUUAUUUCUUACGAUGUGGUGGGCUAGCAUGGAUUACAACAAUAGUCCUAUAUGUUUCCUGAGCUCCGUCACCUAUACAGAUUUCUCAUCCUUGCGCAGUUACAUAUGUGUGCUGUGAUUCUGGCCACUUGUCACAGAAUGGAUGCUGACUCUCUCAUUCCUGGUUUGACUCUGUUGUAUCCCUAUCUGAUGUGUUCUUUCAUAAUUGUAAAUUAAGAGGGGAAUAGGGCAGCAACUUCUUAAUAACCCUGCUGGAAAGAGAUGUGUGUCAUGCGAAUUCAAGAGAGGCAUGUGUUAUCAUUCUGGAUGUCCACAAGGGUGGGAUGCCAUGGAAAUCACUGAGCAUUGUUGCAGCAGUGCGGAGGAACAUGUCACCCACCCUACCUGGAAUGCCAUCUGUGGGCACCAGAACCGGAAUUGACUGUCUUGCUGUUAAUUGUGUAUAUCAGUGUGGCUGUGUGCACAUGAGUGCAGUGCUUGCAGAGGCCAGAGGAGGCAUUUUGUCUCCUGGAGCUGGAGGUAAACAGCUAUCCUGAGCAACCCAAGGCGAGUGCAACAUGUUCUUGAGCACUUGAGCUGUAUCUCCAGGUCCUUGUUGUAUACCUAUAGCAGGUCUAUUGUUGGAGGCAGGCAGCAGAAAUGGCUUCUGUUGUAUCUCUACUAAACAGCACUGCUUCUCCACCACUGUACUCAGCAAGGAGCACUUUAUGCUGAGAGAGCAACUCUUUAAGUUGCUCAUUUUUAAACUUUUAAUUUAACUUUUUAUGUUGAUUAUUGUGUGUAUGUAUGCGUGUAUAUGCACAUGCAUAUGGUGUGUAUGUGAGACAGGUGUGUGGAGGUCAGAGCUUGCUUUUCUCCUUCCCAUAUAGGCUUUUGGACUUAAACUCAGAUGGCCAGGCCUGGUAGCAAGAGCCUGUAUCAUGCAUGCACAAGUCCCACAUGAUCUCUAGGUGGUAGAGAAGGACCGUAUCCCAGGCUGUGAAUGUCCUAAGGAGAACAAUGUAUUCUUGCCCUAUCAACUCUGCCACCUCUUUAUGGCUCUUAGAAAGCUCUCUGCAAUAGCAGCCACGUACAAUUUCCAAAGGUGGUACUACAAUUUCUUAGUUGGUUCAGACCACAGUUGCCUUUUGAUCAAAUCACCUCUACGCUCUCGUGGUCUAGAGGGAGGUAAAUGAACAGUGCCGGACAAAGAUAUACUUCACUAGUCUUGCUUUCUGAGCAAACUAGAGCCUUGGAUUUCUUUCUUGGCUUCCCGUGGGAGGUUGACAAAUUAGAUCGUGGACUGACAUUGUUGAAUGUGCAGCGUGACUCAAACACAGCAUGUGCGAACCCUAGGAUGGGUUAUCAGCAUAUCACCGACUCUCUACAAUUUUAAGCUUCACUCAAGCCAGGUUCCUAGCUUUUUGAUAAAGCUGUUUAUUGUGCAGCAGUAUUACUUGAUAAGUGAAGUUUAAUGGCUUUACUCAUUAGAAUCCUGUCCCCAGAGAAUAAGACACUGGCAAGGCAAUAGAAUAAUGAUCUCAAAUUGGUUUUCAGCUGCCCUUAGACAGUCUAGAAACAUUAACCAUUUUAUUGUAAAAUAGCUGAAUUUAUAUUUUAAUGCUCCUUUAUGGCCGUCUCCUAAACCUUCUUGCAAUUGAGUUUUAUUUUCUACCUUUUAUGUCCACACACAUGGAUGCAGAGGUACAUAUUUGUAGGUCCAGUCUCUUCCCGUUUCUCUCCACCCUGUUUUUAAAGCCAGGUUCUCUCACUGAGCCUGCCGUUGACCACUGACUGGACACAGUGGCCACUGAGCUCCAGGAUUUUGCUGCUGUCUUCCUAGCACUGGGGUUAUGGGCUCUUGCUGUGACAGCUGACCUUUACAUGAGUUUUAAGGAUUCAAAUUCAUGCUGUGAUGUUUGCAAAAUAGUCACUUUACAGACUGAGCCUGCUAUCCAGCCCACUCGACUGUGUUUUAAGGAAGACCUGUAUGUGCCAAUUGCAAGGCACAUCCUUCAUAUAGCAUCUCCCGCUACAGAACUUGCUGGCGAAGGUGGAACCAAGUGUCUCAUUCUCCCCACCAACUCCUUCAAAGAAACCUGAUCACUUUUUAGCAUCAAUGUGUUCCUGUUAAUAUUUCAACUUAAAUUACUUUGAGUUUAAUUGCACUCCAAUGUUUUAUAUGAGCACAUAUAACCCAUUUUUUAGUUCUGAAGCAAGAUGUGUAUGAGUUUCAUCAUCUGAUUGUUUUAGCUUUUGGAAUAAUUAAUUUGGCUCAUUUUGAUUCCUUAUCCCUUGCAUCUUCCCUCUCUUCAUUUCUUUCUAUUGUAUUUUAUGAUUAACAAUUAGUCCCAUUAAACUCUCUUGUGCAUAAAAGUUUACUCUUUUUAAUUCCAUAUAGAUUUAUAUGAAAAUAGGAAACUAACUGGUUGCACGUUGUACAAAGAUAGGGACUUGAGAUUCCUUGUUACUGAUAUACAUUGGAGUACCCAAGUUACCCUGGAAGACUCCCCUCUCUUAAUAGUGUUUUUAGAUGGUAUUCACUGGAGAUUUAUGACGGAGAGUUUUUCUAUUGAAAAUGUAACUAGAUGCCUGGCAUUUGGAGCACCUGAAUGAACUUAAUUGAAAACUGCUAAGGCCUGUAAAACUAACAUUACACACAGAGAGCAUAGAGUUUUAAAUCACAAAUCCAGCUUUCAGGAAAGGAUCGCGUUGACUUGUGAUACUUAGGUGGUGUUAUGUUUUAAAUCCCAGGGAGAAAUUAUUAAGCCCAGUAGAAGUAUAGUGAUGAGUGCUUUCCUCGAUGCUCUGAAGCCCUCAGGGAAAGCCUUUGAAAUCCAUAAGGAACCCUGGCAUUAAGUUUGGUCAGGAAAAAGAAGGAUUGUGAAAUGGAAUAAACUCAUCCCUGUGGCCUAGGACAGGACAGGGCUUCCUGGUAUUUGAAGAAAAAGAUAGACACUGCACUGUCCUUUGCCAACACAACACUUUUAUUGAUGACGUUCUCCUUGGUGUCAAUGAAUAACUUGACAUUGCAGUCAUAGAACUUGUUACAAAAAGGGUAUCUCAUGAACGCAGGCUCCAAGUACCAUUUGAGGUUUGUUUUUUUGUUUUUUUUUUUUUAAUAUUUCUUUUGGAAGAUUGGCGUGUAUUGAGUGUAUUAAAUAUUAUUUAAUGUAUUGCAUAAGCUCCAUGUUUUGUUUUUCUUUGCAUAAAUUUACAUUUAAAGAAAAUAUACUGAGCUUUUUCAGCAAACGAUCCAUGGUCUUUCCUAAAGCGUCUCCUAACUUACCCUAUUGUGAAUCCAUCUAUGCAGACAACUGAUAGAUUCUGCAAAGGCUACUGUGCUGUAAUAAUAAAAAAAAUUCUCAAGUUAACCUUUUGGGGUGUCCAAGGGUGACAAGAACAAGAUGGAAUGGACUUCAUCCUUAUGAGGAGACCUGUGUCUUGGAAAGCAUUCUGCCUUGCUUUGCAAGUGAAAUUCAGCAACUGCAAUAGAAAAAGGAAAGUUCAGUAUGAAAGCAGCGAGCCAGCAGAUUUCAAGGUGGACGAGGACGGCACGGUGUAUGCUGUGAGAAGCUUCCCUCUCACUGCAGAGCAGGCAAAGUUCCUGAUAUAUGCCCAAGACAAAGAAACCCAGGAAAAGUGGCAGGUAGCUGUAAACCUGAGCCGGGAGCCAACCCUGACUGAGGAGCCUAUGAAGGAACCACAUGAAAUUGAAGAAAUAGUAUUCCCUAGACAACUUGCCAAGCACAGUGGAGCUCUACAAAGGCAGAAGAGAGACUGGGUCAUCCCGCCAAUCAACUUGCCAGAAAACUCCAGAGGACCCUUUCCUCAAGAGCUUGUCAGAAUCAGGUCUGAUAGAGAUAAAAACCUUUCCCUGAGAUACAGCGUCACUGGGCCAGGAGCUGACCAGCCUCCAACGGGCAUCUUCAUUAUCAACCCCAUCUCAGGACAGCUGUCAGUCACAAAGCCUCUGGAUCGAGAGCUGAUAGCCCGGUUUCACUUGAGAGCACAUGCAGUGGACAUCAAUGGCAAUCAAGUGGAGAACCCCAUUGACAUUGUCAUCAAUGUUAUUGACAUGAAUGAUAACAGACCUGAGUUUCUGCACCAGGUUUGGAAUGGGUCUGUUCCAGAGGGAUCAAAGCCUGGGACGUAUGUGAUGACGGUCACUGCCAUUGAUGCGGAUGAUCCAAAUGCCCUGAAUGGAAUGCUGCGGUACAGGAUCCUGUCCCAGGCGCCCAGCACACCUUCACCCAACAUGUUUACAAUCAACAAUGAGACUGGGGACAUCAUCACUGUGGCAGCUGGUCUGGAUCGAGAGAAAGUGCAACAGUAUACGUUAAUAAUUCAAGCCACAGACAUGGAAGGCAAUCCCACUUAUGGCCUUUCAAACACAGCCACAGCCGUCAUCACGGUGACAGAUGUCAAUGACAAUCCUCCAGAGUUUACUGCCAUGACUUUCUACGGAGAAGUCCCUGAGAACAGGGUGGACGUCAUUGUAGCCAACCUAACUGUCACGGACAAAGAUCAGCCCCACACGCCGGCCUGGAAUGCGGCAUACAGAAUCAGUGGUGGAGACCCUACAGGAAGGUUUGCCAUCCUGACAGACCCCAACAGCAAUGAUGGGCUAGUCACAGUGGUAAAACCAAUUGACUUUGAAACGAAUAGGAUGUUUGUCCUUACUGUUGCUGCAGAAAACCAAGUGCCAUUAGCUAAAGGCAUUCAGCACCCACCUCAGUCGACAGCCACUGUGUCUGUGACAGUUAUUGAUGUCAAUGAAAAUCCUUAUUUUGCCCCAAAUCCUAAAAUCAUUCGCCAAGAGGAAGGCCUCCACGCAGGUACCAUGCUGACCACGCUCACUGCUCAGGACCCCGAUCGAUAUAUGCAACAGAAUAUCAGAUACACAAAAUUGUCUGAUCCUGCCAACUGGCUGAAAAUAGACCCCGUGAAUGGGCAGAUCACUACUAUUGCCGUUUUGGACAGAGAAUCGCCAAAUGUAAAAAACAACAUCUAUAAUGCUACCUUCCUUGCUUCUGACAAUGGAAUCCCGCCUAUGAGUGGGACAGGAACACUGCAAAUCUAUUUACUUGAUAUCAAUGACAACGCCCCUCAGGUGUUACCUCAAGAGGCGGAGACCUGUGAAACUCCAGAACCCAACUCAAUUAACAUCACAGCACUUGAUUAUGACAUAGACCCAAACGCCGGGCCGUUCGCGUUUGAUCUUCCCUUAUCUCCAGUGACUAUUAAAAGAAACUGGACCAUCAACCGGCUUAAUGGUGAUUUUGCUCAGCUCAAUUUAAAGAUAAAAUUUUUGGAAGCUGGUAUCUAUGAAGUUCCCAUCAUUAUCACAGAUUCAGGGAAUCCCCCCAAGUCCAACAUUUCCAUCCUGCGUGUGAAAGUUUGUCAGUGUGACUCCAAUGGAGACUGCACGGACGUGGACAGGAUCGUGGGUGCAGGGCUUGGCACGGGCGCCAUCAUCGCUAUCCUUCUGUGUAUCAUCAUCCUGCUGAUCCUUGUUCUCAUGUUUGUGGUAUGGAUGAAACGGCGGGAUAAAGAGCGCCAAGCCAAGCAGCUUUUAAUUGACCCAGAAGAUGAUGUAAGAGAUAAUAUAUUGAAAUAUGAUGAAGAAGGUGGAGGAGAAGAAGACCAGGACUAUGACUUGAGCCAGCUCCAGCAACCAGAUACUGUGGAGCCUGAUGCCAUCAAGCCCGUGGGAAUCAGACGGCUAGACGAGAGGCCUAUCCAUGCUGAGCCACAGUACCCAGUCCGAUCCGCAGCCCCACACCCUGGGGAUAUUGGGGACUUCAUUAAUGAGGGCCUUAAAGCUGCUGACAACGACCCCACGGCGCCACCGUAUGACUCCCUCUUAGUCUUUGACUACGAGGGCAGCGGCUCCACGGCUGGCUCCUUGAGCUCCCUCAACUCCUCCAGUAGCGGUGGGGACCAGGACUAUGACUACCUGAAUGACUGGGGACCCCGCUUCAAGAAACUGGCGGACAUGUACGGCGGUGGUGACGACUGAACGGCAGGACGGACUUGGCUUUUGGACAAGUAUGAACAGUUUCACCUGAUAUUCCCAAAAAAAAGCAUACAGAAGCUAGGCUUUAACUCUGUAGUCCACUAGCACCGUGCUUGCUGGAGGCUUUGGCGUAGGCUGCGAACCAGUUUGGGCUCCCAGGGAAUAUCAGUGAUCCAAUACUGUCUGGAAAACACCGAGCUCAGCUACACUUGAAUUUUACAGUAAAGAAGCACUGGGAUUUAUGUGCCUUUUUGUACCUUUUUCAGAUUGGAAUUAGUUUUCUGUUUAAGGCUUUAAUGGUACUGAUUUCUGAAAUGAUAAGGAAAAGACAAAAUAUUUUGUGGCGGGAGCAGAAAGUUAAAUGUGAUACGCUUCAACCCACUUUUGUUACAAUGCAUUUGCUUUUGUUAAGAUACAGAACGAAACAACCAGAUUAAAAAAAAUUAACUCAUGGAGUGAUUUUGUUACCUUUGGGGUGGGGGGGAUGAGACCACAAGAUAGGAAAAUGUACAUUACUUCUAGUUUUAGACUUUAGAUUUUUUUUUUUCACUAAAAUCUUAAAACUUACGCAGCUGGUUGCAGAUAAAGGGAGUUUUCAUAUCACCAAUUUGUAGCAAAAUUGAAUUUUUUCAUAAACUAGAAUGUUAGACACAUUUUGGUCUUAAUCCAUGUACACUUUUUUAUUUUCUGUAUUUUUUCCACCUCGCUGUAAAAAUGGUGUGUGUACAUAAUGUUUUAUCAGCAUAGACUAUGGAGGAGUGCAGAGAACUCGGAACAUGUGUAUGUAUUAUUUGGACUUUGGAUUCAGGUUUUUUGCAUGUUAAUAUCUUUCGUUAUGGGUAAAGUAUUUACAAAACAAAGUGACAUUUGAUUCAACUGUUGAGCUGUAGUUAGAAUACUCAAUUUUUAAUUUUUUAAUUUUUUUUAAAUUUUUUUAUUUUCUUUUUGUUUGUUUCGUUUUGGGGAGGGGUAAAAGUUCUUAGCACAAGUGUUUUACAUAAUUUGUACCAAAAAAAUUACACACAAAAAAAAAAAAA